CGAAGAGCAGAGGUUACAAUGGAGCGCUGUGUUAGGCAGUGGCACACGGAUAAAAGAAAAUUCAAAUAUAGUUGGCAAGAUUAUUUUUUUUCACGGAAAUCGAUUCCUCGGCAGUGUGCCUUAUCUGUAGACAGAGAGUGGCAGUUUUGAAAGAAUACAACAUCCGUAGACAUUAUGAAACAAAACAUUUAACUCAGUUUGCGAAAUACAGUGGUGAAAUAAGAAAGCAGAAGGCUAGCAAACUGUUAGCCAGGCUCAGUGCCCAACAACGCACAUUACUGCAGCCGUCAUCUGCUCAAGAAAAUGCAACUAAGGCCAGCUAAGAUCAGCGCAAUGAUAGCGAAAUCUGGGAGAUCUUUGUCAUGUGGAGAGUUUGUUAAAAGUUGCCUGACUGUGGCUGCAGAGACUGUGUCCCCGAGCCAGACACGGGCCUUUUCGCAAAUUAGUUUAUCAUGGAACACAGUUACCCGCCGCAUCGAGGACAUGGCUGAGGAUCUCAGAGAACAAAUCGUUGGUAAAGCAUCCAGAUUUACGGCCUUUUCUAUUGCUUGCGAUGAGAGCACCGACAUAUGUGACUAUGCACAAUUGAUGGCGUUUUUGCGCGGAGUCAGUGAGGAUUUUGAAGUGACACAGGAGCUGGCUGGCCUUGAGACACUUUCAGGAGCAAGGUUUGGCUUACGCUGGUUCACCCCUACACAUGAAGUCAACCUUUGUGGCCAUGCAACACUGGCUUCAGCAGCAGUGCUCUUUUACAAGAAAAAAAACCCCAACUCUGUGGUGGCCUUUGAGACUCUGAGUGGAGAGCUGUUGGUGCAUCAGCGCGGUGAAUCACUAGUGAUGGUCUUCCCUCUCAAUAAACCAGAAGUUCAGGACAGAAAGAAUUUUACUGACAUUCUUAAGGCUGCUGUGGGAGAUUUGCCUAUUCAAGAGGUGUGUUACUGUAAGACAACAAAGGAACUGCUAGUGUGUUUGCUUGAUACAUGCGACAGGUCCAUGCUCACUUCCCUGAGGCCGAUGACCGAGUCUCUGCUGAAAAGUGAAGACAGUGGAAGGAUCAAGAGCCUUACCAUCACAGUGAAAGGAGCACCAACGUCACAGCUAGGAUAUGACUUUUACUCCCGUAACUUUGCACCGUGGGUCGGAAUCCCUGAAGAUCCAGUGACUGGCUCUGCACAUACAGUCCUCGCUGCUUACUGGUCUGAGAAACUGGGAAAGAAGAAAAUGUUAGCCUACCAGUGCUCCAAACGUGGUGGAGAACUCGAGCUGGAACUGAGAGGAGACAACAGAGUCGACAUCGCUGGCCGAGCAGUGGUCCUCCUUCAAGGAAUCCUCAAACUUUAGAGAAACUGCUAUAGAGCUCACAAUGAAAAUAUUUAGCCAUACACUGUAUAGUCCACUGUCAAAUUAUUGCAAUCAUAUUCACUGCAGGCUAAUCUAGUAACUAAUCAUAGGAACCAUGUGUGGUGGUGGAAGAACAGUUUAUUUUUCAGAGAAAUCCAAUUCGUUAGUAAUGACAAAAGUUUGUAAUUAGAAACUUUAAUAUCUUUAUUAGAGGAAAACAUACAAAAUCUCACAAAACUAUUUACAUACAAAAUACUUUGAAUAUCUGUUAAAAAAAAUCCUCUUAAUAAAAGCAUAUGAAAACACAAAAA